CGCCGCUGCCACCCGCACCGGCACCGGCACCGACACCAGCACCGCAUCGCAUCGCAUCUCACCGCGACGCUCGGCCUCAUGCCGGCGCACCCCGCCCACGGCUGAGCGCUGCGCCCCUCCGAACCGGGCGCGGCCACGGGCACGGCCAGGGGCAUCACAGGACAGCCACUGCUCCUUGCUAGCAGGACCCACCUCUGGCCAGCGCGAUGGCGGGAGCGUCAGUGAAGGUGGCAGUGCGCGUCCGGCCCUUCAACUCCCGGGAGAUGAGCCGGGAAUCAAAAUGCAUUAUCCAGAUGUCGGGAAGCACCACUACUAUCCUGAACCCAAAACAGCCCAAAGAGACACCAAAAAGCUUCAGCUUUGACUAUUCCUACUGGUCCCACACUACGCCUGCAGACAUCAACUAUGCAUCCCAGAAGCAAGUGUACCGGGACAUUGGCGAGGAGAUGCUGCAGCACGCCUUCGAAGGCUACAACGUGUGCAUCUUUGCCUACGGGCAGACGGGAGCUGGGAAAUCCUACACCAUGAUGGGCAAGCAGGAGAAGGACCAGCAAGGCAUCAUCCCACAGCUGUGCGAGGACCUCUUCUCCCGCAUCAACGACACCACGAAUGACAACAUGUCCUAUUCUGUGGAGGUGAGCUACAUGGAGAUCUACUGCGAACGUGUGAGGGACCUCCUGAACCCCAAGAACAAGGGGAACCUGCGGGUGAGGGAGCAUCCCCUUAUGGGUCCAUAUGUUGAGGACCUUUCCAAGCUGGCUGUGACCUCCUACAAUGACAUCCAGGACCUUAUGGACUCUGGAAACAAAGCCCGCACAGUGGCUGCUACCAACAUGAAUGAGACCAGCAGCCGCUCCCACGCCGUGUUCAACAUCAUCUUCACGCAGAAGCGGCAUGACGCCGAGACAGACAUCACCACUGAGAAGGUCAGCAAAAUCAGCUUAGUGGACCUGGCUGGGAGUGAACGAGCUGAUUCCACAGGAGCCAAGGGCACGAGGCUAAAGGAAGGAGCAAACAUCAACAAGUCCUUGACCACUCUGGGAAAAGUCAUCUCUGCCCUGGCUGAAAUGGAUUCAGGGCCAAACAAGAACAAAAAGAAGAAAAAGACGGAUUUCAUCCCAUACCGAGACUCGGUGCUGACCUGGCUGCUGCGGGAGAACCUGGGAGGCAACUCCAGAACUGCCAUGGUCGCUGCUCUCAGUCCUGCUGACAUCAACUACGAUGAGACCCUCAGCACCCUCAGGUACGCUGACCGUGCCAAGCAGAUCCGCUGCAAUGCUGUCAUCAAUGAGGACCCCAACAACAAGCUCAUCCGGGAGCUGAAGGACGAGGUGGCACGUCUACGUGACCUUCUCUAUGCCCAGGGCCUUGGGGACAUCAUUGACACCCAUCCUGCUGCAGGAGGAUCCAAAUAUGUGUCCGACUUUGAGAACAAUAAUGAUGCUAGAGGGGCAGAGCUGAGUCACCGCCAUGACAAUCUCUCCACAGUGACCAACGCCAUUGCUGGGAUCAGCCCCUCUUCCUCCCUCUCUGCCCUGUCCAGCCGCGCUGCCUCGGUUGCCAGCCUCCACGAGCGCAUCAUGUUUGCUCCAGGCAGCGAAGAGGCAAUCGAAAGACUCAAGGAAACAGAGAAGAUCAUUGCAGAGCUCAAUGAGACGUGGGAGGAGAAGCUGCGUAGGACAGAAGCAAUACGGAUGGAGAGGGAAGCGUUGCUGGCUGAAAUGGGGGUGGCCAUGAGGGAGGAUGGAGGCACCUUGGGUGUUUUUUCGCCUAAAAAGACACCGCACUUGGUCAACCUGAAUGAGGACCCGCUCAUGUCCGAGUGUCUUCUCUACUACAUCAAGGACGGGAUAACAAGGGUUGGCCGGGAAGAUGCUGAGAAGAGGCAGGACAUCGUUCUCAGUGGGCACUUCAUUAAAGAAGAGCACUGCCUGUUCCGCAGUGACACCAAAACCAGUGGUGAAGUGAUAGUGACCCUGGAGCCCUGUGAAGGUGCUGACACCUACGUGAAUGGCAAAAAGGUGACGGAGCCCAGCAUCCUGCGCUCAGGAAACCGCAUCAUCAUGGGAAAGAGCCACGUCUUCCGCUUCAACCACCCCGAGCAGGCUCGGCAGGAGCGGGAGCGGACCCCGUGCGCCGAGACCCCUGCAGAGCCUGUGGACUGGGCAUUUGCCCAGAGAGAGCUGCUGGAGAAGCAAGGCAUCGACAUGAAACAGGAGAUGGAGCAGCGGCUCCAGGAACUGGAGGACCAGUACCGGAGGGAGCGGGAAGAGGCGAAUUACCUUCUGGAGCAGCAGAGGCUGGACUAUGAGAGCAAACUGGAGGCUUUGCAGAAGCAGAUGGAUUCUAGGUAUUAUCCUGAGGCAAAUGAGGAGGAGGAAGAACCUGAGGAUGAAGUGCAAUGGACAGAGAGGGAAUUCGAGCUCGCCCUCUGGGCCUUUAGGAAGUGGAAGUGGUACCAGUUCACCUCCCUCCGUGACCUGCUCUGGGGCAAUGCUAUCUUCCUCAAGGAAGCCAAUGCCAUCAGCGUGGAGCUGAAAAAGAAGGUCCAGUUCCAGUUUGUGCUCCUCACGGACACGCUGUACUCGCCUCUCCCUCCUGACCUGCUGCCUCCCGAUGCUGCCAAGGACCGGGAGAAGAGGCCAUUCCCCCGGACCAUUGUGGCUGUAGAGGUGCAGGACCAGAAGAAUGGGGCAACACAUUACUGGACCCUGGAGAAGCUGAGGCAGCGCCUGGACCUGAUGCGUGAGAUGUAUGACCGAGCAGCAGAAGUGCCUUCCAGUGUCAUUGAGGACUGUGACAAUGUGGUGACUGGCGGAGAUCCUUUCUACGACCGCUUUCCCUGGUUCAGGCUGGUCGGCAGUUCAGAUAUCUCUGGCUGCAACAGCUCUCCUCUUUUCAACACAUGCAUGAGCGAGCGCAUGGCUGAUCUCACCCCCUCCCCUACCUUCUCGAACCCCGACUCCGACAUCACCGAGCCUGCUGACGAGCAGCACCAGGGGCAGGAGGAGGAGGAGGAGGAGGAGGAGGAGGACCUGGAGGAAGACAUCUUUCCGGAGUGCCCGCUGUGUGAUGGCCGGGAUCCAUUUUACGACCGCUUCCCCCUGUUCAGUUUAGUAGGAAGGGCCUUUGUCUACCUGAGCAACCUCCUCUACCCCGUGCCCCUGGUCCACCGCGUGGCCAUCGUCAGCGAGAAGGGCGAGGUGAAGGGCUUCCUGCGUGUGGCUGUCCAGGCCAUCUCAGCGGAUGAAGAAGCCCCUGACUAUGGCUCUGGUGUGCGGCAAUCAGGGACAGCCAAGAUCUCCUUUGAUGACCAACACUUUGAGAAGUUCCAGUCAGAGUCGUGCCCAGCUGUGGGGAUGUCUCGCUCGGGGACCUCUCAGGAGGAGCUGCGCAUAGUCGAAGGUCAGGGGCAGGUCAGCGACGUGGGUCCGUCCGCCGAUGAAGUCAACAACAACACGUGCGCAGUGACCCCAGAGGACCUUCUUCUGGACAGCCCAGAGAAGCCUGCACCGGAUGGGCCACUGGAGGUGGCUUUGGAUCACCUGAAGUUGGGCAGCAUCUUCACUUUCCGUGUGACAGUCCUGCAAGCCUCCAGCAUCUCCGCAGAAUAUGCAGACAUCUUCUGCCAGUUCAACUUCAUCCAUCGCCAUGACGAGGCCUUUUCAACAGAACCCUUGAAGAACACAGGACGAGGGCCACCCCUGGGCUUCUAUCAUGUCCAAAAUAUUGCUGUGGAGGUGACAAAAUCUUUCAUCGAAUACAUCAAGAGCCAGCCAAUUGUGUUUGAGGUGUUUGGCCAUUACCAGCAGCACCCCUUCCCGCCUCUCUGCAAGGACGUCCUGAGCCCUCUGAGGCCAUCCCGACGCCACUUCCCCCGUGUGAUGCCACUCUCCAAACCAGUGCCUGCAACAAAGCUGAGCACCAUGACUCGGCCCAGUGCUGGCCCCUGCCAGUGCAAGUACGACCUGAUGGUCUUCUUUGAGAUCUGUGAGCUGGAGGCCAAUGGCGACUACAUCCCUGCUGUUGUGGACCACCGUGGAGGCAUGCCAUGCCAUGGGACCUUCCUCCUUCAUCAGGGCAUCCAGAGGAGAAUCAGUGUCACCUUGGUGCAUGAAACAGGCAGCCUCAUCCGCUGGAAGGAAGUACGGGAGCUGGUUGUGGGUCGAAUCCGGAAUACCCCAGAAGCAGACGAGUCACUCAUUGACCCCAACAUUCUGUCCCUGAACAUCCUCUCCUCCGGGUACAUCCACCCCUCCCAGGAUGACCGGCAGUUUCUUGAUUCGGAUAUGCCUAGCAUUUCGCUGGGAAAUGACACUAGGACUUUCUACCAGUUUGAGGCGGCGUGGGAUAGCUCCAUGCACAACUCACUGCUGCUCAACCGUGUUACCCCUUACCGGGAGAAGAUCUACAUCACCCUGUCAGCUUACAUCGAGAUGGAGAACUGCACUCAGCCUGCCGUCAUCACCAAAGACUUCUGCAUGGUUUUCUACUCCCGGGAUGCCAAGCUUCCUGCCUCACGCUCCAUCCGCAAUCUUUUUGGCAGCGGCAGCCUGCGGGCUUCUGAGAGCAACCGUGUGACAGGAGUCUAUGAGCUCAGCCUCUGCCGUGUGGCUGAUGCCGGCAGCCCAGGCAUGCAGAGAAGGCGCCGGCGUGUGCUGGACACCUCUGUAGCCUACGUCCGGGGAGAGGAGAACCUGGCUGGCUGGCGGCCCCGCAGUGACAGCCUCAUCCUUGACCAUCAGUGGGAGCUGGAGAAACUGAGCCUCCUGCAAGAAGUGGAGAAGACAAGACACUACCUGUUACUGCGAGAGAAGCUGGAGACGACCCAGCGUCUGGGCAUGGAGACCCUGUCGCCUUGCUCCAGUGAGGAUUCUGAGUCCCGAAGCACCUCCUGCAUCUCCUCCCCACUCUCUGCCGACGGGGCACCUGAAGGCCGCACCUCUCCCCCUGAGACCCCCAGCGAGAGGCAGAAGGAGCUGGCUGUGAAGUGCUUGCGCCUGCUCACGCACACCUUCAACAGGGAGUACAGCCACAGCCACGUCUGCAUUAGCGCCAGCGAGAGCAAGCUGUCUGAAAUGUCCGUGACCUUGAUGAGAGACCCCUCCAUGCCAGCUCUUGGGGUCACCACUCUCACCCCCUCCUCAACCUGCCCAUCACUGGUGGAAGGAUGUUACAAUGCCAUGGAGGUCAGACCUCCCCAGGUCUCCUCCAGGGCAGAGAGCCCUGACCUGGAGCCUGUGGUAGAAGGAGAGCAGAAGAAGUCCCCAGCCCGCCGGCCUGAGGAGGAGAAGGAGCCCCAGCGUUUGCUGGUGCCCGACAUCCAGGAGAUUCGAGUCAGUCCCAUCGUCUCCAAAAAGGGCUACCUGCACUUCCUGGAGCCUCACACCAACGGAUGGGUGAAACGCUUCGUGGUGGUCCGGCGUCCAUAUGUCUACAUCUACAACUCAGACAAGGAUGCGGUCGAGAGGGCCAUACUCAACCUCUCCAAGGCCCAAGUGGAGUACAGUGAGGACCAGCAGGCCAUGCUCAAGACCCCGAACACAUUUGCGGUGUGCACAGAGCACCGGGGCAUCCUGCUGCAGGCAAGCAGUGACAAAGACAUGCACGACUGGCUCUACGCUUUCAACCCUCUCCUGGCUGGAUCCAUAAGAUCCAAGCUGUCCAGAAGGAGAACAGCCCAGAUGAGAAUCUAACCUGAAAAACACCCUCCACCUCAUCCGUCUGCCAACAGGAUCAAGAUAGCUGAUUCUGUCUGAAGACUCCCCAUGUUAAUAUCUGAUCUUUCACACCAUCUGCUGCCCCAGCUCUCUGCUCCAUGGAAGGAUCUGUCUUGAUUCACAGCUUCACAGGGGAAACUCACUUCUCUUUGUAGCUGCAAAAGCCUGGACCCGCCUGGGCAGGAUUCCUUGUACACGUGCCAUCUUCUGCCUGUCCCCCCAUGGGUGACCUUCAUAUCACACCAUCUAAUGCUCAAAAAAAGGUCCCUAUCAGAGGGGAGGGAGUGAGAAGGGUGGUUUUGGCUAAAAGCUGGUCUUUGAUCUAGAGAGAUGGGAAUGCAGCAAAGCUCAGAGCUGGGAGAGCAGGAGGAAUUGCCCUCAGGCGAAGGGAAAGUGGUGAUUUAGAUGUGGGGUUUCCCUAAUUUACUGAUGUUUCUGCAAGAGACAGCAGAGUAAGAUCAGGUGUCAGUACUUUAAGAUUAUAUUUAUAAAGUAUUUAUUUCUAUUUACAUCACAAAAAUCCCCUAAGUUGAGUCCUGGCCCCCAGCCAAUGCCUCCCCCAGGCAGGGGAGAGCCUUGGUGUUGGGCUGGGGUUCCAGAGAUGCCUUCCCUGGGACAUCACUGGCUUGUGCCUGGCAGCAGCACAGCUCUCACCCUCACUCUCUGCCCUUCCCCAAACAUUUGCUUUGCCUUCCCCUACAGCUUACACUACUUUUCCCCUGAGCGGUGGCCAGACAGCCCACCAUGUCUUCCCAAAGAAGGCAAUUCCUACCUGUCCCAUCUACCUCUGGAAGGGAAGAGCCCACAGUCUCAGCUGGCCAGGGCACUCAUGUCCCUGCAGAUGGGUGACUGCACUUUGGAGCUUGGUCCUACUGGAGGGAAAAGGAAAGCUCUGGGGAUGGCUCUGUCUGUCACCCCGUGCUGGGCUACCCUUUCCAACCAAAAGCGCGUGGGCCACCUCUAGUAUCCCGGCCUGAGGCCCCCAGGUGUCUCAUCCAAAGGGAUUUCCCACUCUUAGGGCAGGAUGCCAAGGAUUCCAACCCUGCAGGGAGUGUGGAGGUUCAGGUGGAAUGGGAAAAUUCCCUAGAGGCCACGACUAGGAGUGACCAUCCCACCCUACAGGAUUCUUCUUGCCCUCUUCCAAAAGGGCUUGCACAUCCCUUCUCCCAGCAGGAUGACAGACUCAAAGCAGAUCAAAGGGUGUCAGGGUGGGGAUGGGGCUUCUUUUUUCUGUUAUAGCUGGUGUUCUCUCACUCUUCCUCUGCUGCAGAAGCAAGCACCCACCUCCCCCCACCCUGCCUCCAUCAGCAUGUUAAUCUGGGGGCUUCCCACAUCGGAGGUGUUUUUGCUGAAAAGACCUUCUCCUCCAGCCAUCACUGCUUCCCACCUCCUCCAGCAGCAGCUCUCUCUCUUCUCCCAUCUCUCACCCAUGGUUAGAUGUUUUUGUUCAGGGCUUCCCAAGUGGCCAGCAGCGUCUGGCACAGCUCUGCGUUAGAAGCUGAGCAUCUUCCUCUGUGCAUCUCCCAGGCACCCCCCAGCUCUGCUGUCUCUUGUCCAGCACGGCUGCGCCUUGGCUCUGCCGCACCUCCCUGCACUGUCUGUGGGGUGUGUGUGUGUGUGUGUGUGUGUGUGUGGGACGUGGUGCUGUCUUCUCGUUAUACUCGUAUUGUGGGGGGCACGGAUAGGUAGGGACAUGGCAGAUGAGUAGAGGCUUGCACUGGCCCCCUUGCUGCAUAUCAGGCACCCUUUAGCUUGGGUUUCAGGUCACAGAAAGAGUUUGGGGAUUCUUCUUGAGCACAUGCCGGUUCUGCCUGGCCUCACCACAGCUCCUUGGGCAUCUUACUCCAUUACUACAGCCCAAAGGUGCAGUGGGGCUGCUCCUCUCAGCCCAGCUCCCCUGCCCAGGACAAGCUCCCCAACAAACUGGGCUAUUUUCCUCUCUGUGAUCCUUUUUAGACCUGGAGGCAGACUUGUGCCCUUUCUGGAUGAAGAGUGCCAGCCUGGAGGCAGAGAGAGGCUGAGCUGGGGCAAUGCAGGGGCCCAGGCUGCAACAUCCUGGCUCCCAUGGUCUUGGCAAGGACUAGUUGGUACCAUCCUAAAUUUCAAUGUAAGAGGCUAAGGGUGGAGAAACAGGGGGUACCUGAGGGGACGCUCUUCCAGAAUGGAGGCAGCUUCUGGCAGAGACGGGACCAGUGUCUGUCAGGGACCAGACACAGGUUCACUGGCCAGGGCUGUGUGGUGCUACCUGUGCCACAGACAAGACGCAGCCCGCUGAACGGCAUCCUCCAGCCAAAGCCGAGCCAUGCCUGAGGCCAGCAAACCUGCAGUGCAGACGGCUCGGCUGGAGGUCGGGGCCGAGGGAGACAGAGCUGCCCACUGGAUGUGGCACACGGGCCAUCCUUGCCAUCUUACCAGCAGCGCUCUGGCCGGCACCGCGCUCCUCGUCAUGGCCCUGGCACCCAUUCCCUCGGCAAGGAAUGCAAAUCGGAGGUUUAAGCACGACUAUAAGCCCAACCGGAAGGGAAAUUCCACAGGGCAGCGGGUGGCACGGAAGGCAGGCGGGCAUCGGCGGGCAGGCUGGGGCCAGAGGAGGAGGGAGGCCGCACUCCCCGCUCUCCGGUUCCCGCCGGCGCUCCCUGCCGUGUGCCAGGGGGCAGUACUGCGGGUCCUGGCCGUCCGUGCGUACGUGAGGCUUGUUCGGUUCUGAAAUAAAUGUCGCAUUUAACGCAA